AUGAAGUUGUUCAUUGUGCUAGCAGCCGUUCUUCUGGGGACGGUAUGUUCCUCCCCGGUAGAUCCGCGUACGAUCGACUGGUCAGCAGUACGUAUGCUCCAUCAAACUGAUGCCGUUCGUGCGAAGCAAGGACUGGCUCCCCUUACGGACGAUGAGGUACGCUCGUCAAGAAUUGCCGAUGGACAAAUGGCCACUGCCACCCAGUUCCCGUGGGCAGUAGGUGUGCUCAUAUCCGGUUCGUCAUCGCACAGCUUCUGCAGUGGUGUGCUGAUUUCGCCUCGUUUCGUCCUCACCGCUGCUGUGUGCAUUUCUGGUUCCAACACGCUAACCGUUCUGCUCGGUGCCUCGGACAUGACGCGCGUCGAAGAGUUUAUCGGUGUGUCGAACAUCUUGGCACAUCCGAACUAUAGUUCCUUCUUCAAUCGGGAUGAUAUUGCCAUCCUGACGCUUUCGAACCCAGCACCGAUCCGGGAUACGAUCCGUCCGAUCGAUCUGCCACGCUGGAGUGAUGCGAGCAAUAACUUCAACAACUGGGCUGCUACGACCGCUGGCUGGGGUAAUACGGGACGUCGUGAAAAUGAACCCAUCCCUAUCCAGGAGCUGCACUUCGUGGUGGAUUCUGUCAACUCCAACUUCGUCUGUGGUCUGUCGCAUACGUUCAUCCGCGACACGCACAUCUGUACCUCCACUGAUAAUGGAGGCCCGUGCAAUGGUGAUGAAGGAGGUCCUGUCACCGUUACGGAAAGUGGACGUACCUUCCUCGUGGGAAUCCACUCGUUCCACUUCUCCGGCUUGUUCGGGUGCGAUCGUGGACGAUCGGCGGUGCACACGCGCAUCACCGAAUAUCUGGGCUGGAUCCAGGAUAACACCGAUGUCAGCAUUCAUGUCACUACUAUGAAAACCCUACUACUCUUUACCGUUGCCGUUCUGUCCACGGUACUUUCGAUAGCUGUCGAUCCACGACAAAUCGAUUGGUCGUUGGUACGCACUCUGCAGCAAACUGAUGCUUUCCGUGCGAAGCAAGGACUUCCGCCGCUGACGGACGAUGAGAUUCGUUCGGGACGGAUAGCCGACGGUCAGAUUGCAUCUCCAACACAGGUUCCAUGGGCAGCCGGUGUACUCAUAUCCGGUUCAUCGUCACACAGUUUCUGCAGUGGUGUGCUGAUCUCUCGCCGGCAUGUUCUGACGGCUGCAGUUUGCAUUUCCGGUUCUAACACGCUAACCGUCCUGCUGGGUGCCUCCGACAUGACGCGCGUCGAAGAGUUCAUCGGUGUGUCGAACAUUCUGUCACAUCCGAACUAUAGUUCCUUCUUCAAUCGGGAUGAUAUUGCCAUCCUGACGCUAUCACAAGAAGCUCCAAUCCGGGAUACGAUCCGCCCGAUCGAUCUGCCCCGCCGGAGCCAAGUUGGUAAUGAUUUCAACAGUUGGGCUGCUACGACCUCUGGAUGGGGCAACUCUGGACGUCGGGAAAAUGAGCCGAUUCCCGUCCAGAAUCUACAGUUCGCUGUCGAUGCGGUUACAUCCAACCUGCGCUGUGGAUUGUCCCACACAUUCAUUCGCAGUACGCACAUUUGCACACUGACAGACAAUGGAGGAGCUUGCAAUGGAGACGAGGGUGGACCAGUGACGGUUACUGAAAGUGGACGAACAAUGCUCGUGGGUAUUCACUCCUUCCACUUCUCCGGUCUAUUCGGAUGCGAUCGUGGACGUCCUUCAGUACAUACACGCAUCACGGAGUAUCUGGACUGGAUCCAGCAGAAUUCGGAUGCCAUUGUAGAGCCAUAG